UAACUGGCGUUUUCAAUUUUCUUCUCGUCAUUGCUUGCGUUCCCUUCACCAAACCCCCCUCCCCUCUCUCCUGAGCCUCUCUCUCAGAGCUCAGGGUCUCCAUCUCCUACCAUUGCCAAACCCUAAUCCUCCGAUUCGAAUCUCAAUCACGCUCAAUUUUGACCUCACAACCUAGCUCAGCCUCUCAAUUCGUAAUUCACAUCUCCAGUUCACUGAUUUUUUCGGUAGAAAUGUUGUCUAUUUCUUGCUAGGCUUACCUAGAUCAUCAACCCUCUUAGUACCCGAAGUCACUAUUUACCAAAUCUUUAUCUUGUUAUUCGAAAUUGCUUUUAUGGCGAUCAGAGUUACCUUUUCUUUCUCCGGCUACGUUGCCCAAAACCUGGGUGUUCGUGUCGGUAACUGUCGGUAUCUCAACGAAUGUUUUAUCCGGUCACGGAUAUUUGCUUCACCAGCAACAACCACCACAACACACAAUUCUGAUAUUGAACCCCCUGGCCCGAGAACGGGAACAGAUUUUCGUCGCCGAAACCUGAAGAAGAAUUUUAGUAAUUCGGCGGCGAUGUAUAGUACGAUGGCUGGUGAGAUUUUUGGAGAUAAUUGUAAAGGGGGUGCGAUUGCGGUUGGAUUAGUUUCUCUAAUGAAGUCAACGGCUGGGGUUUCUUGUUCUAACAUGGGUGCUUGUGGAAUUUCACCAUUUAAAGCCGUCUCGAUCCUUCCGUUCUUGCAAGGAUCGAGGUGGCUUCCGUGUAAUGAGGCGGUUCUGGGAUCGAGGAGUCCUGAGGUGGAUAGAGGAGGGACAGGGACAGUGAAGUCUGUGGAGAAGGUGAGUGAGAGCAAGAGCAGUACUAGUGUGAGCUUCCAGAUUAAUGGGAAGGAGUUUGAGAGGACAGGAAGUUGGUUUUCAAGGGUUUUUAAUGUUUGCUCGGAGGAUGCCAAGGCUAUGUUUACUGCUGCUACUGUUAGUUUGUUGUUCAGGUCCACCUUGGCCGAGCCUCGAUCCAUUCCUUCAAGUUCUAUGUCUCCUACUUUGGACGUGGGCGACCGUAUUUUAGCAGAGAAGGUUUCAUACGUUUUCAGAAAGCCUGAAGUCUCAGAUAUAGUCAUUUUUAAAGCUCCUCCAAUCUUGCAGGAGUUUGGUUUCAGUUCAGGCGAUGUAUUCAUAAAGCGAAUUGUGGCAAAGGCUGGAGACUAUGUUGAAGUUCGAGAGGGCAAAUUAUAUGUGAAUGGUGUUGUUCAAGAUGAAGAAUUCAUCAAGGAGCCACUUGCUUAUGAGAUGGAAUCAGUGCUUGUCCCUGAAGGUUAUGUCUUUGUGAUGGGGGACAAUCGUAAUAAUAGUUUUGACUCUCACAACUGGGGCCCGCUUCCUAUCAAGAACAUUGUUGGUAGGUCAGUAUUUCGCUACUGGCCUCCCUCCAAAGUAUCCGACACCAUAUACGAUCCACACGUGGCAAAGAAUGCAAUCUCUUAUGAUGGAUCAUCAUCUCAUCCAUCUGUUCGAUUCUUUGUUGAUGACCUAACUGUGGCUUAUGACACAUUCUUUCUUCAAUGCACCAAGCGACCUGCAUGGAUUUCUGCAACUAUUGCUGUGCCCAUUUCAGGGAGUGCAGCAGGAUUUUGGUCAUUUGGAGGCCUAGCAAUCCAGCCUUGCACUGGAGAACCUCCUGGAGUUGAUCAUACAGAUUGCUGGUCAAUAAACAGAGCUUCAUUAUUUCAGAUUUCCGGAUUUCACACGUGUCUAAGUCCAUUAACGUUGAAGAAGAAGGAAAAAAAAAACCCGAUGAGUGGCCUUCGUCGUCGUCGUAUCCCCUCCCCUCUCCUCCCUUUACUCAUCUUCCAAAUUCUACCAUUAACUAUAUCAUUUACUCCUAAUCACCUUAAUGACAACAACACUCAAUUCCUUAAGGACGUUUUGAAGGAGAUAUCGGUGAAGCAAGAUUGGGAUUUGGAGGGAAUUGAGAUUUCGAAGCUGGAAGUGAGUAAAGUUAGGAUUUUUAGUUCUCAAAGAUAUGAGUUUAAGAUCCGAGUUGGUAAAAAUUACAUGCUACUUAAAUUCCCUGAUGAAGUAGAUUCUCGGAAGAAGUUGAGCAAACCAAAAUCAAGUGUUGAUUUUGGAGACUUGAUUAAGGAAUUCGGUUCCAUGCCUGUACUUAACCCUUUGAAACUCCAAGGCCCUUUUGAUUUGUGGGUUAGUGGCCAUGACAAUUUCUCUUUGCUAUUGCCGAUGAAUGCUUCAUAUGGUGGUCUGAAACGAAUAAUAGUGGGAGAAGGAAUCUCUGUAGAAGUGAAAGGAGCUAAAGAGGUCUCUCUUUUUCAAGAUUUUGAUCUUAGUUUGGCUUUGAAUGGAAGUGAUAUUAAUAAUAAUAAGGGGGGAAAUGGUUUCUACCCUUUCGGGGAUUCGAUCUGCCCGCCGUUAUUACCUAUAAGAAUUAUUGGAUCUGCAUCGCUUGUUGCCAACAAGAAUUGGGACCCUGAUGCUGAAAUUGAAACGAGAUUGUUAUCAAAGAAGACUAUCGAGCUGGUAUCUGAUAAGUGUUACGAUAGGAAUGUGUACAAGAUUCGGGCUAGCACCAUGCACUUUUUAAGUUCCAGUAUUGCUAGGCUGGAAGAAGUUUUGAGAAGUUUUCUUGGUGACAGAAUUACUCGAAAUGGAUUGUCGAGCUUUCUUAGAGCAACUGCUAAAGCAUCAACACUGAUUCGUUUUCAAUUAGAACUGGAGAAGAGUUUCGGGAGCAACGAGACUGUUCAAGAAGCGUUGGCAGAGUGGAGAACGAGGCCUACUGUUGAACGGGUUUGGUUUGAAGUAAUAGCAAGAGUUGAGGGUGAGAAGCUAAAACCCGUAAUUGUUAAGAAGGUUAGACCUUUUAUUGCUGUUGAUUCUGCAUCUUGGAGUAAUUUAAUGUCUAAUAUUUCCUUCACAAAUUUCCCAUCUGUUCUUGUACCUCCUGAGGCUCUAACACUGGAUGUGAAAUGGUAGGACAGAACUUUUGUAAAUAGUGUAAUUUUAGAAUGUUUACAUAACAAAGCAACGAGCUGUUAUUUGUGCUUUGCCACUUACUGGACAGUUGCUGUAAUUGAUAAAGGAGCUUCAAUUGAUGAUGUAAAUAGGAUCACCAACGUCCAGUUUUUGCACAAA